AUCUUCCAUUAAAAAUGAAUAAAACCAGAUUACGUACUUAAAAGUGAUACAAUCAAUGAGUUUUGACACAGAUUAAAUCCUUCUGAAGUUAGGAUUUGUAGUCCUAGUAGGAAUAGGCUGAAACAUCCCCUAUAUAUUUACACGUAUACCUUCACAGAUGCUGCUCAUCUUAUUCCCAUGUUUCAUCUUCAAGACCAGAGUACCGUUUCUUUUUCCGUUUGAGCACCGUGCAAUGGCUUCCACACUAACAGUUUCCUCUCUUCUUCUCACCCUCAAUGCUCUUCUUCUCCUGUUCCUUCUUCCUCAGUGCAUGACUGAUGCACAACCUGAUCUUAUGGCUUGUAAGUUUGAUGCCAUAUACAACGUCGGCGACUCCAUGUCCGACACCGGCAAUUUGGUUCGCGAGAACUCGGCUUUACCGUUUGCUCGACUUCCAUACGGCGAGACCUUCUUCAAGAACGCAACAGGACGGUGCUCUAAUGGUUUGCUUAUGAUCGAUUAUAUAGCUAGGGCGGCUGGAGUUCCCUUUCUUCAUCCUUAUUUAGAUAAGGAUGUGCUCUUUCUACCUUGUCUAGGAGAGAACUUUGCUGUGGCUGGUUCUACUGCCUUGUCUACAAAUGCUCUUGCAAAGAAGAAUAUCUUAUCCCCGGUUACUAAUAGCUCUCUCGAUGUACAAUUGGAUUGGAUGUCUUCCCAUUUCAAUGCAGCUUGUCUCAACGACCAAGAUUGUGUCAAGAAGCAUAACAAAGCCUUAUUCAUGGUGGGAGAAAUUGGAGGUAAUGAUUAUAACUAUGCAUUCUUCCAAGGCAAACCCGUUGAGGAGGUCAAUGCCAUGGUUCCAGAAGUUGUCCAAGCGAUAAAGGAUGCCGUUAAAAGAGUCAUUGGUUAUGGUGCUGUUCGAGUUGUCGUCCCAGGAAACUUCCCAAUAGGUUGUUUCCCAAUCUAUCUUACAGCAUUCCAAACCAACAAUGCGGCUGCUUAUGAUGAAUUUCACUGCUUGAAGUGGUUGAAUAGUUUCUCAACAUAUCACAAUGAUCAACUGAAACAAGCCAUUGAAGAUUUAAGAAAAGCAAAUCCUAAUGUUAUUAUAGUGUAUGGUGAUUACUACAACGCUUUCCAAUGGGUUUACCAAAAUGCACCUCUUCUUAGAUUUGAUGUUGCAUCUGUACAAAAGUCUUGUUGUGGUGCUGGAGGCUAUUACAAUUUUGAAAUGACAAAAAUGUGCGGAGCUCCAAAUGUACCAGUUUGUACAAAUCCAGAAGAACGCAUAAGCUGGGAUGGAAUUCAUUUGACUGAGAAAGCAUAUCAAUAUAUGGCGUAUUGGCUCAUCCGUGACAUCUUACCCAAGCUUAACUGCAAUAUUGUUAAGUUUGUAUAGUUUGUAUAUAGGUUGUAAAUUACUAUUUAGUAAUUUAUUGAAAAAUUAUUGUUUAUAUGAUUAUUAUAUCAUUAUUUGAAUGAAAUGGUUAUUGGUAUUACGCCACAAUA